AUGGCCACCUUCCUCGCCAAAUAUCUCACCCCGCCUAUGCCCAAUGUCACCCCCGACUACGACGGCGUGGAGUAUCGCUGGAAGUUCCUCACUUUCCGGCCGCUUUAUGAGAUCUACUUCCUCGGCGCCGCAAUUGUGUACGCGUUAUUCUUCUUUUUGGGGAAACAAACCAACAAGAGGAAGGCGUACAAAUGGUUGGAGGCCCAUCUCGAUCUUUACAAGUCGCAGUUCUCUGCACCGACAAAAACUGCAGAGUUAGUGCAAGAUGGGUACAGCGACUUCUUCGUUUUCUCCACCGGCAGACGCGGUCUCGCGUCCCUGCACACCGUCUUCACUCUCCGUCCGCGGCACGACCUUCUUCAAUACGUAUACCAGGUCGGACGCGGUCUGGUUGAGCUCGACUUCAAGGUCACGGACACCGUUGAGCUCGAGUUCACCUUCAAGGACCCCAUCGGCGGCUCGGUUGUCCCAGAGUGCGUGUGGGGCAUCGUGGCCAAGGACGAGAUGAAGAACGUCCGGAACGACCGCUGGGACCUCACGUUCACCCGCACGACCGAGAACAGCGCGCUCCCGCCGACGAUGGUCGUCAUGGCCGAGUUCGCGGACCCGUACUUCAAGUCGCUCACGCUCACCGACCAGCCCCGCGCGCGCCCGCUCGCGCCGCUCGAGCCCGCGGAGCGCGCCAAGCGCCUCGUCCUCUCCCUCGCGCUCCCGGACGACCCCGCGGCGACCGCGCCGCUCGUCGCGGCCGCGUUCCAGCUCGUGGACAUCAUCGCUGGCGAGGGGAAGCUGCCAGGCACGCCGCGCGGCGGGCUCGCGGGCGCGCUGCGGCCCGAGACGCGGACGAAGCUGAAGAAGACGCGGGAGGAUGUGCAGAAACAGAUCGCGGAGGAGGUGGGGCGCGAGAAGCUCGAGGAGGCGGAGGAGGAGAAGGCCGCGGCGAAGAAGAAGGCGCGCGACGAGCGGGUGUCGAAGCUGAGCGCGGCGGAGCAGCAGAAGAUACUCGAGCGGGAAAAGAAGCGGAUGAUGCGCAAGAGCCAGGGCAAGGUCAAGAUGAGGUAG